AAAAUGACAGAUCAUUGCGCCGCACACCGCGCAUGAUCCGCGCGCGUCUUCCCGCGCUUUUAGAGCGCGAGAUUUAAAAACAGAAUUAUUUACGAACAUUGACAAAAUAUUAAAAGCUUUCUUCCAUUUUAUUUUGUGAAGAAUAUUUUUAAAAUAGAAAUAAUUUGUAUAAAUGUAAUGUUUCAAGUAAAAAAUUUCAUUGAAAUCGACAUUUUUAUAAAAGUAUUUUAGUUGUUAUGAACUAUUUUUGUAAACAUUAUUAUAAUCUGUGAUGUGACUUUAAACAACGUGUGCUAUUUAAAUUAAAACUCUAAAAAUGGUGGUAAACAGUUCAAAAUUGCGGGGAGCCGGCAAAAACACGAGUGUUUGGAGAACAGUGGCAUGUUUUAUCUGUGCGUGUCGAAAAUUAAAUAGUUUGGUGGCCAUUUAUGCGGGUCUGUUUGUGUUGUUUGUGCCAUCAGUACUCUGCAAAGCAGAUUGGCCAAGACACCUAACGUACGACCAAAUAUACAACAACACACACUACGCACAGUUACAAACUGUCUACAAGCCAUAUACCGCAGUCAGUAGUUUUAGCAGCCAUGUAAAUAGUCCUAAGUACAUCCACAAUGACACCAGGAGUAAUGAGAUAGAAGAACAACUUAGUUAUAAGGACGCUAGCGGUCCACUGCUGGUUGGAUUCGCCAGGGAUCCCUUUAGGUACUCCGUGCUUGAAGACGAUUAUAGGAAAGGGGUCAGAAACAUAGAUCCCCAAGUAUACAUGAGUAAGACGGAGAACCGUGGCAAGCGUGGCGUGUUCCACCUGUACAACAUGUUGUACUGUGCCACUGGCUGUGAUCCUCUGUCUUACAAGGGAUAUGGGUGCUACUGCGGCUUCCUAGGGGAAGGGAGACCUACUGACGGUAUUGAUAGGUGUUGCAAGCUCCACGACGAAUGUUACGAGAACAUCUACUGCCCGUUCUACACGGUGUACUUGCAGCCUUACUUCUGGAAGUGCUACCAUGGCCAGCCUCUGUGUGCGUUGGAGAACUUCGACUCGCAGCAUGACUUCAUUAACCGGUGCGCUGGACGACUCUGCGAGUGUGAUAGAAAAUUCGCAAUGUGUGUGCGAAGGUACCGGUGUCCUCGAAGACGGGCUCUGUGUCGAUCCUCGCCGAUACGGCUGCUGCAAAACCUGCUCAUGUUCCGAUGACAUACAGACAAAUAUUAUGUAGAUCAAGUAAAAAUACCGCAACGUAAACGUAAUCAGGUUGUGAUACUAUUGGGUUAUUCGCCUAUUUUUAACUGAUCAAUUAUUUAAAGGGCAAUUAGGUAUGUAAUUAAAAUCUUAAAAUCAUUGUACAAAAUGUAAUCUAUAGUUACCAAGUCAUUCCUAUGGAAUGGUUACCAUAGUUAUUUUAAGGUUUUAGGAUAACGCCAAGGAGACAAUAGGGGACAAUAAUUAAUGUCGCCAGCGACGUUGUGUGAAAUAGCGCGACGAUGCCUUUGAUGACUUUGGCAACAUCGCGCGACACGACAUCGCUACGGACAUAGUGACGUGUUGUCGCUAUCAUAUAUGUUGUAAUAAUAAUGUAUGUUAAAUGUUGCCGAUACAUGUCCGGUGACAUUUGUCUCCUAGUGUAUUCUUGGCUUAACCUCCUGAGUACUGAAAUUCUAAAUUUACCGAAGUGCACCAGUUUAGCAUCAAGUUUUUUUCGUGAAACGACACGUUGUAAUUUUAGUUAAUAAUUAUAAUUUUAAUUUUAAUUUUAUUUUUUCUUGUGUCUAUAUAAUGGUAAGAUAUCAUGUUGUAAAAAUCAAAUCAAUAAACGAAAAUAUCAUACCCUCGGACUCAGGAGGUUAAAGGUAAA